UAUAUUAACCACUCAGCCGCCAGCUUGCUCGGCCAUUGGCACAAAAACACACUGAACGCCGUCGCGGAGGAAUUACUUUUGUCCAGCUUCCUUCUCGCCUGCUUUAUUUUACUACCCCGAAACAAUGGCAGACGCCAAAGUUGACUCUGUAUCGGAAAUCUCAGCCAAGGACUUGAAGGACAAGAAGCUUCUGGAGGAGAAGGAGAACGGCAAAGAUGCUGCCACCAAUGGAAAGGAGAACGAGGAGAACGGUGAGCCCGAGAUCGACGACGAGGAAGAUGACGAGGUGGAUGACGAGGAUGAGGAAGAUGACGGAGAAGGUGAUGAGGAAGACGAGGACGAAGAUGAGGAUGAGCUGGAAGGCGGCACGAAGCGGGCGGCCGAUGAGGACGAAGAUGAAGAUGACGACGAGGACGACGUGGGGACCAAGAAGCAGAAAACAGACGGCGACGACGAUUGAUGGGGCAGCUUCCUGCGGCGGCGCGGCAACCCGCUGGGCCGCUUCCUGUGGUUGCGCUCAGGGGGUGGGGCCGGAGGAGUACUCAUCUAAACGAUAUGAAAGAAAAUGUGGUCAUUAGCGAGUAGAUUUCAACGCCCGCCGCCCGCCCACCAUCCUCACGCACAAUCCGGCCUCAACGACAACAAUAACGACGACAACAGCGACUCCAGCGGAGAAUUAGUUUGUAUUUUUAUUUACAUUUUAUAUUUUUGUACAUAUUGUUGGGAAGGAGGCAAAUAGGUGCUUGGUUAAUUAGAUCUUUUGACCAUGUGACACCCAAACCAAGUCCAAGACGUCUUUGGCCGUUGAACUCAGAGCAUUCCAGUCAAUUCCAUUUAAUGUAUGUACUUGAGCUGUACCAUAAAACGACUUUGUGCUUGCCUGCUUGCUUGCUUGGAUGGAGGAAGGCCAAAGAAAAGAAGAGUCUUUCUUUCUUUUCUUCUCAUUUUUUGUUUUAGGGUUGUUUUCCGGCCGCCUGUUUUGGUGUACGUGCGAAGUUUGUUGUUGGACAAUAAACCGGACUUUUAUUUUGUGA